GUGCACUGCUGCCGCCUUGCAGUCCAGGUAUGCCCUGCAGAUCUGCCACCAUCUGUUGGGCAGGGUUAACCCAGAAUCCACCACAAGAUCACAUAUCUCCCUCUCGUCCGGACCGGAGUAGUUCAGUUCGAGAACAACUGUUCUGUCGACACAACGGCAGAAACACAUUGGAACGGAUUUGUUCUGCUGUUGUUCCCUGUUUUGUUUGGUUGAGGGGACCACAAAACGGCACCCUAUUUGAAGCCGAUUGAAAGAUGAGUCAGUGGCCCCUGUCCUUGGUGCUGACUGCCUUCCUUUCACAACAGUUCGCCGGAUGUGCGGCCACACACCGUCCAACGAGAAGCGCCCCCUGUCUGAUAGACGCAGAUUGCCUGGUGUUCCAGGAGUGUGUGUGGGACCGGUCAGACUAUGCUGCCAGCCCGACCGGGAUCUGUUUGGGGGUAGGACUCCGUAUGAGUGACUUGCGGAAGAAGAAACACCUUAUCCGCCGUGCCGCUCUGAAGCAAGAGCCUGCCAACAGUCCGUCUGUCACGAAGACCAUCGCGACGCCUGCCGUCAAGGCUAAGACAGCAUCGAAACGUUUCAAGCAUGAUACAUCAGCUUACAUGCCGAGUGCGUUUGGUGGUAGCAACGAACCAACCAGAUUCGACAACCAAAAUUAUGGCAGGAUAACUGGCGGAAGAUCAGAAAACGUUUUCAAUCCAAACCAAAGUCGCAGACCGACGACUAGCCAACAAUAUCAGGGAUCUUCGGCCUUGUCUGGAGGAGACAAGAAUGGCGGAUUGCAACAGGGGACUGGGUGGCGUUAUGGUAGUGGACCGGAGAGGGGUGUUCAAAAUACCGGUCCACAGCAAGUCAGACCGGGAAUAAUAAUUAAGCCGUCUUUAGGACAAGGUCAAUGGCAGCCGGCCUUUCUAAGGGACAAUUUAGGCAACGUGGCCGCACAAAGUUCACCACAAGCUCAUCUCGGAACAUACGGUGUAGGAAGCAAUGUACAGAACGAAAGAAAGCCAGGGGGUUAUAUUUCUGGUCCUAUCACAGGUGCUCAACAGACGUCUCAAAUCCUCCCGAAGGAAAAAUCUUCCACAGAAUACAACCAUGACAUCACGCCCUCUGGCGGACAAACGGAAGAGAGCACCUCAAACGACGGUGACGAUUGGAGAAGCCAUGUGAGCACAUUCUCUGAAGACAGUUCUGAUGAAAAGAUUGUUCUCGACAACUCCAAGGACGUCAACUUUGUUGAAACCGUCCCUAAGCACACUGAGCCCCACAGAGGUGACUCGUAUAACCAGGGCGCUAAUGGCGGGAAUAAUGCAGGUGGCCUAUCACAUGGCAUCUCACAACAGAACAGGGAAAAGGCGGGAACUGAUUACCAAACGAGACGACACGAUGUGCAGCGCGCCCAACUACAAAAAUUCAACUCUCACGGUUCAUUUCAACCUCCGAGGAAGGCAGCCACUCUCAUCCAUAAAGUCCCAGUCAAACCAAGGACGUCAUUGGUCAAACAAGAUCCCAGGGAACGAUUAUCCAGCGAAGUCUUUGACCCGAUAUUAGGAGAGCCUACUGGUGUGGAACAAGAUGGGGACGAAGUGGAUGUUGUCAGUAAGACAGAACAGACGAAACAGACCAACAAGGAUUAUUUCUAGAAUAUCUAACAAUGACAGUACUAAUGGCCUGGAACAAUUGUACUUCAUCUUGUGUGCACUAGUUCUAUAUAACCAGUCGGCCUGAAUUACAAAGAAAGGAGACUAUAGGUCAAAUGGAAUAUAUCUUCUUUUGUCAAAGAAUAUUAAGGAAUGGUUCAUUACAGCUGAAAAAGAACUACAUGUAGAUCCAGCCUCAGGCUAGUCACAUGUGCAGUAAAUAUUGCAUAGUUGACAAGUUGUGUAGGCUUCAUGCAUGUGCAGCAAGCCUACAACGAAGAGAAUAUCUAUAUAUUUGUUUUCACCUAUCUAGUUCUGUUUAUUUCUGAACAACAGCCCAAUAAAGUCAUAACGGCAAACGUUCCAUACCUU